UGUGGACAGUGAGGGAUCGAUACGUCUACCGUACUCCCGCACUAGAUAUGGCGCCCAUGUAUCUCCCUGGAAACAGGCGGGAAGUAUAAAUGUACGCCGCUACACUCAUAUCAUUGGCCGGGUGUAUAUCCGCGCCCCGAAAUAUAGUCCAGUGUUUAUGUUAAGCCAUUCCUACUCAUUUCCUGGAACCCGCCACGCACUAUCCGUGUAAUUGAGAAGUACCACGAUUCUCUAGGGAAACAACUCGAAGACGGUUUGUUACUGAUAUAGCCACUCUACCGCGAAACAGAUGAAAGCCUGAUUGGUCAACGUUAGCUUUGUAGCGGGAAGCUUCAGGCCUGAAAUGUUCCAGAAAAAUUGGAUUGCUUAUCAAAUUCAGCGAAGAUGAGUAGGUAGGGCAGUGAGACCAUCGUCAAAAUAUGAAGAGAAAUAUCCAGAUUUGAAUGUUAAGUGCUAAAUUUGGAAGGAGACUAGUGAACGCUCGGUCAAUUCGAUUUCCUGCAGUGAUCAAAGUUAUGUCGAGUUCGUUCGAACACUGCUUUUCAACCAAUCGCCAAUUUGACUAUAAAGCCGCAAAGCGUGAGACCAUUGCCAGUCAAGUCAGUUAACCAAUCGAGCGAUGCGAUCCAUUGCUGCGGUAUUUAGGCGUAGGAGAGAAGAAAAAUCAACCAAUAGUAAGGUAUGUUAAAUGGCAGUCGCCGCUUGAAGGACGUGACGCCACUAAAAGGUAGGGGACUUGGGGAAGGGCAAAAGGCGGCAAGUGACGAAUCACAGUAGACGCCUUGUAGCAGCGAAGACUGAGCGUGUGACGCGAAGGCUUCAGGGUAUCUAAUGGACAGUGUGUUAGAUAGUACAGGCAGUUUCGGGGUUGUUGGUAUAUUGCUCCGCUGCUGGCAAGCAAAGGCGUGAGGCGGCGUGUGAGGAGCGGCCGACCGGCGAGGGAGCAGCCCCGGGGUUCGCCUCUGUUCAUCCCCUCCAUUGAUGGCCGUUUCUGCCUGAGUCGAAGCUCGACGUUUCCUUUCCACACAUGAGAUUCGUUAACAUGGAGCUCAUCACGAUCUUAGAGAAAACAGUCUCUCCAGACCGCAGUGAGUUGGAGGCGGCACAGAAGUUUCUGGAACAGGCGGCUGUUGAGAAUCUGCCUACCUUCCUGGUGGAACUCUCAAAGGUUCUAGCAAACCCAGGAAACAGUCAGGUUGCUCGAAUUGCAGCUGGUCUACAAAUCAAGAAUUCAUUGACAUCUAAAGACCUUGAUGUCAAGACACAGUAUCAGCAAAGGUGGCUGGCAAUUGAUAGCAAUGCUCGUCGAGAAAUCAAAAACUUUGUUUUGCAAACUCUGGGAACAGAAACUUACAGGCCCAGCUCUGCAUCUCAGUGUGUUGCUGGAAUUGCGUGUGCGGAGAUCCCCGUUGUGCAAUGGCCUGAGCUCAUUCCUCACCUAGUUGCAAACGUGACAAACCCUAACAGCACCGAACAUAUGAAAGAGGCAACUUUGGAAGCCAUUGGCUACAUUUGCCAGGAUAUCGAUCCUGAACAACUGCAGGACAAAUCAAAUGAAAUCCUUACUGCAAUCAUUCAAGGAAUGCGCAAGGAGGAGCCCAGUAACAAUGUAAAGUUGGCUGCGACAAAUGCACUGCUCAACUCCUUGGAAUUCACUAAAGCUAACUUUGACAAAGAGUCUGAGAGGCACUUUAUUAUGCAAGUAGUUUGUGAAGCAACUCAGUGCCCCGAUACGAGGGUGAGAGUGGCUGCCUUGCAAAAUUUGGUGAAGAUCAUGUCCCUAUAUUACCAGUAUAUGGAAACUUACAUGGGUCCAGCUCUUUUUGCUAUUACCAUUGAAGCUAUGAAGAGUGAUAUUGAUGAAGUUGCCCUUCAGGGAAUUGAAUUCUGGUCCAAUGUUUGUGAUGAAGAAAUGGAUCUAGCUAUUGAAGCUUCUGAGGCAGCAGAACAGGGAAGGCCUCCUGAACAUACAAGUAAAUUCUAUGCAAAAGGAGCGUUGCAGUAUUUGGUACCCAUUCUCACUCAAACUUUGACUAAACAGGAUGAAAAUGAUGACGAUGAUGAUUGGAAUCCAUGCAAAGCUGCUGGUGUUUGUCUCAUGUUACUUGCAACCUGUUGUGAAGAUGACAUCGUUCCACAUAUACUCCCAUUUAUUAAGGAACACAUCAAAAAUCCAGACUGGAGAUACAGAGAUGCAGCAGUGAUGGCAUUUGGCUCUAUAUUGGAGGGACCUGAACCCAAUCAGCUUAAACCACUAGUGAUACAGGCGAUGCCCACGCUGAUCGAGCUAAUGAAGGAUCCUAGUGUUGUGGUUCGGGAUACUACAGCGUGGACGGUGGGUCGGAUUUGUGAGUUGCUUCCUGAAGCUGCCAUCAAUGACAUGUACCUGGCUCCAUUACUACAGUGUCUUAUUGAAGGCCUGGGUGCUGAACCUAGAGUUGCUUCUAAUGUGUGUUGGGCAUUCUCCAGUUUAGCAGAAGCUGCUUAUGAAGCUGCAGAUGUAGCAGAUGAUCAAGAAGAGCCUGCGACCUACUGUUUGUCUUCGUCUUUCGAAUUGAUAGUACAAAAACUGUUGGAAACUACUGAUAGGCCAGAUGGACAUCAGAAUAACUUGAGGAGUGCUGCCUAUGAGGCAUUGAUGGAGAUCGUGAAGAACAGUGCCAAGGACUGCUACCCAGCUGUGCAGAAAACAACUUUGGUUAUCAUGGAAAGACUACAACAAGUAUUGCAAAUGGAGUCUCACAUUCAGAGUACCUCAGACAGAAUUCAGUACAAUGAUCUGCAGUCUCUCUUGUGCGCUACCCUACAGAAUGUUCUAAGGAAGGUCCAGCAUCAGGAUGCACUGCAGAUUUCAGAUGUGGUGAUGGCUUCAUUGCUGAGGAUGUUUCAGAGCACUGCUGGUUCUGGGGGAGUGCAGGAAGAUGCUCUCAUGGCUGUUAGCACCCUUGUUGAAGUGCUGGGAUCAGAGUUUUUGAAGUACAUGGAUGCCUUUAAGCCAUAUCUAGGGAUUGGACUGAAGAAUUUUGCAGAGUAUCAGGUUUGUCUUGCAGCAGUAGGCCUGGUCGGUGAUUUGUGCAGAGCGCUGCAAUCUAAUAUGCUGCCUUUCUGUGAUGAAAUGAUGCAGCUCUUGUUGGAAAAUUUGGGGAAUGAAAAUGUUCACCGAUCUGUGAAGCCACAGAUUUUAUCUGUGUUUGGGGAUAUUGCCCUUGCUAUUGCAGGAGAAUUUAAGAAGUAUCUAGAUAUUGUCCUGGACACGCUUCAGCAGGCUUCACAGGCUCAGGUAGACAAAACAGAUUAUGAUAUGGUGGAUUACCUAAAUGAACUAAGAGAAGGUUGUCUGGAGGCAUAUACUGGCAUUAUUCAGGGGCUGAAGGGUGACCAAGAGAAUGUACAUCCUGACGUCAUGUUGGUACAACCAAGAGUAGAAUUCAUUCUUUCCUUUAUUGAUCACAUUGCUCGAGAUGAAGAUCAUACUGAUGGAGUUGUAGCUUGUGCUGCUGGAUUGAUAGGAGAUUUAUGUACAGCAUUUGGGAAGGAUGUACUGAAACUAGUUGAAGCAAGGCCAAUGAUUCAUGAACUUUUGACUGAAGGAAGACGAUCGAAAACAAACAAAACUAAAACUUUGGCUACAUGGGCUACAAAAGAGCUUCGAAAACUGAAAAAUCAGGCUUGAUUUGUUACAACGCUGGGAUAAGGAAAACAUCUGAGACCCCACUGGAGUUCUCAAAUCUUUGGAACAGUAUUGAGUGUGAAAGGAUGUUGAAUGUUUGAGAAUGUGCGAAUGAGUGAGUGAGGUUUGCAUCACACUUGAUCCAGCAGUAUCCCGGAUUGAACGCCACAACAAAGGUCAAUGUAACUUGCAACAAGAAGGAAAAUCCGAUCUUCAGCCUGGCUGAUGUAAUCAUACUAUAUGGAAAUUGAUGCAUGAAUUAUGAGGUUGAGGUUCUUGGUCGGCUAUAAGUGAGUGAAAAGGCAUACAUUUUCUGUACUUAAGAUUACAAUUUACUUAAAAUGGUUAGCAUUUGCAUUAAAGAGUUCAAUCUACUGAAGCAGCACAAUGAAAGUUACUGUCGGGAAACACUGAUGAAUGCUCAGAGCUUCCUUGUGCGAAGCUUUCAGCUAGACUUCAGCCUAGUUUAAGGAGAUGGUAUCCCCUUUUUAAGUAGCUUGCAUUGGCUAUAUUUUAAACCCUUGGAUCUUGGAUUCACACAUCAUGCCAUUUAACUUAUUCCAACUAUUCUGAAAAUAUCCAAUAUAGUUUCUCUAAAAUACAAUGUAAUUGUAUAGACCUUUAAAAAAGGUAACUUAUUUUUAGCAGUGUUACUGCCAUUUAGCUUUGGAAAAACAAAAUAGAUACACUGUGUCUACGAGAAGACUGGGAUAGAUAAAUAAAUGAUGCAUAUAGGUGUUCUUUUUCCAUACUUCAAUGAAUGUAGGCUUACAAAGGAAUUGUGUUCAAGCAAAUGUGGUGGCUAGGGACAAAUAAUUUGAUAUAGUCUUGGUGUGAUGAUAAUGGUAAUUAUAAACCUUGUGUGUCUUGUUCCCCCCUUUCACCACCAUCUUUGUUGACCAGUUGUGUUUUUUUUUAAUUGAUGGCAUUUUGGCUGCAAAUGGGCUGAAGCCUUGUUGCUUUUUCUUCACACAUCAUGAAGGAUACUACCUUUUAAAGGCAGGAGAAAAAGACUUCCUUUCCCUUGUGUAAAAAGAAUUAAAAUUAAAAGGUGUAAAUGAUGCAGAGGGGUUUGAAAAAUAAAAGAAAUCAAAAUGGAAAUACAUCACGCCCUGAACUGCCAGAUAGUGCUUUGGAAAUCUUUCCCUUCAAUUUGUACUGUAGCAGCUGAAAAUAAUAUGAGUGCCAAAGAUAUAAUAAUUUUAUUCAGGUUAUACUUUGGAUUUCUAAAGAGUUUGGAGGAAAAACAAAUCAAAUUUCAUAUUGAAAAUGGGCAUGCAAAAAGCCAUUGAGACUGCUUGGUGAAUAGGAACAUAAAAUAAGUUUUAGAUAUCUCACUACACUUGGUAUCAGACAUUAAUUAAAUGGCACACUUGUAAACAAAGUGGCAUAUUUUUUCCAACCAGAUCUGAAUUCAAACUGUCAAAAUGUUACCCAGCACAGCUUGUACUUAAGUUUUACAUUACAUUAUCAUGGAAGUAAAUACUUGUUCCACACAAUGAUUUGGAUAUGUGCCUUAGUGUCAGAGUUCAAUGGAGUUAUUUGUACAAUUUCAGUGUAGGCUGAGAAGAGAGGCACCAUGUAUUUACACUGGCAAAAGGGUGUUUUAUCCAGUUAAUAAUUGCAAACUGGGAAAAGUCUAGGCUUUUUCAUGCCUUUAUUUUGUACUUUGGAGAUCGUACUGAUGGGGAAUUCUGAUCAUUCCUCAGUGCUACCUGUUGCUGUCCUGUGGGCUUUCAGCUGUAGAAAACAGGAUAAUAAAGUACACUGAGAAAUAGAAAAUAUCUGUGUCAUCAUUAAUGUGAUGUUUGUUUUGUUCUUGUUGAAGUUCUAAAUUUUCAUUAUCUAUAGAAAAACAUCUUAAGAAUUACUGGGUUCAUAUGCAUCUUUCAUGAAUGCAUUCACAUUAAUUAAUAUGAAUAUAUAUGGUUGAAAUCUUAAUAUUAUACUAGUUGCUGUAUAACUAAUUGUAUUAAAGAGAAUUUACCCAAGACACAGCAGCAAUUCAGCUCAUUGAGUCUGCUGCACCAUUCCAUCCAGCGGAUUUAUUAUCUGAACCCAAUUCUGCUGCUUGAAAUACAUCGUUUGACUUGGAUUCAAAGGCCAGUUGCAGCAAUGAAUUCCACAAGUUCAGCAGCCUCUACCUAAAGGAAAUCUUCAUCUUUAUUCCAAAGCAUGCCUUUGUAUUCUGAGGCUGUGCCUUACCAUAGAAUUAUCCUUUCCAGGCUAUUCAAUAUUUGAUUUUUCAAUGACAUCCACCCUCCCCACUCAUUCUCAGCAAAUGCAGGUUUAUAUGCUCCAUAUACUAACUUAUGAGAUUGUUCUUGUGAAUAUAUUGUAUAAUGUAUUUCUCAUAUGCAAAAUAUAUUUGUGCAUAUUUUGAUGAAGGGCAAUUUGCAUCGGAGAUUGUUAGUGAUUACCUCUCUGCAAGAAAUAAGUCCUAUAUGGAUUGCAAUUCAUUACUGGGAAUUUUGGGUGGAUUUGAAUUAAAUUGACUUAUCUUACUUAUAUUUAUAUACAUGAGAAAUAAAAAUCUUUGUCUCCAUUCAAAUGUGCAAUUUACAAUGCAAUGUAAAGUUCUUUUUCUUUGCAGCCGUCCAUGAAAACAGAGGAGUGUCCCAAAGAAUGAAUGACAGUUAGAUGUUAGAGCCCCAAAGUCCCCGCGCCUCCCAACUCAUGCAUCAGCAGCAAAGCAACAAUGGUCCCCUCUCCCAACAGCAAAAAAAAAGCAUCGGCACCUGCAUCAACCAAUGUUUUUGAGACAUUGAGGGAAAGUUCUUAUACCAGUAUGUCAGGGUGAUGACUUCUCUGUAGGUUGAUGACUUCUCUGCUAGGUGUUUGCUGUUGUAAAUAAAAUUUCUAGUUUUAACUCUUCCAGAAUAUGGUUUGUUCUUAGUAACCCACGGUAC